AUGUUGGCAGAUGAGUUUUCAAAAAUGCUCCUGGCCAACACUUUGAAAAUCGACACCUUUCAAGAAAGUAGGGGUUAUGGGCCAAUCGGCUUGUUGCGUCGCAGGAUCGUUGAACCAAAUUCUGCUUCACUAGACUACGCCUUGCAAGAGAAGGAUACCAUCGAGGGCAACCACCUUACCAUGUGCAGAUUUUAUGGACCUGACGACAAUGGGAAGUAG